CUGUGUUUUUCCACACCUCUGCAUACUAUUCUACAGAAAUCCCCAGAGAAACAGCUCAAUCUCUCGUUUGACGGACAGCUGUAUAGUUCGUCUCUUGUGAAAAGUGAAUUUAUUUGACCACUUCUGCUGCCUGUAUUUUGGGGGAGAACAAGGGGAACUAUACUGGGUCAUACUAGGAAUGCAUAUAAAAAUGUUUUGAGAUCAUCACUUCUCUGUGAAGCUCGAAUGUAGCUGCCUCACUCCCUCACUCCCAUCUAACUCCUGCUCUGUUACAUUUAAGAAUCUCAUUUGGUCUUCACAGCUGCUUUCACUAUGACAGCGUUUGACUUCUCGGAUAUAGAGGCGUUUUUGGAUUGCCACCCGGAUCUGUUCGAGGAGUAUCUCGUUCGGAAAGCCAAAUGUGACCAGGUUAGCAGGUGGUUGAAGGAGCAUCAGCCGUCGAAAGUGUCCUCUGUCGAGGAGAAGCGGGGCGCUGCCAUGGACCCACUGUGGCCGACCAGUGCUGACGGACUCCGGCGCAGAUCGUCCCACAUGGAGCUGCGACGGAACUUUGCUCGGUCCAAAGCCACCACUGCACACUGGACAUACGACGAGCAUGUGAGCUUGAGCGAACACGAGUCCCAGUCCAGCAUGAGGCGCCGUGCGCUCCUGCGUAAAGCCAGUUCACUGCCUCCGACUACCGCGCACAUCCUGAGCGCCCUGCUGGAGUCCAGGGUCAAUGUGCCUCAGUACGCAUCCAGCGCCAUUGACUAUAAAUACAGACUUAAAGAAACCAACGAGAGGGAGUUUUUCUUAGAGCUCGUGAAAGAUAUCUCCAACGAGUUGGACUUAACAAAUCUGAGUUAUAAAAUCCUGAUCAAUGUCUGCAUUCUUGUGGAUGCAGACAGGUGUUCGCUUUUCCUCGUUGAAGGACCCCCUCACAAGAGGACUCUGGUUUCCAAGUUCUUUGAUGUGCACUCAGGCACUACAGUCAGACCAUCAUCUAGCACUCUUAACUCCAAUGAAGUGCAAGUGCCAUGGGGGAAAGGUAUCAUUGGAUAUGUGGCAGAGCACGGGGAGACUGUAAACAUCUCAAACGCAUAUGAGGAUCACCGCUUCAGUGAUGAGAUUGACAAGCUGACCGGGUACAAGACUCAGUCCAUCCUCUGUAUGGCCAUCUGCAACAGUGAUGGAGAAGUCAUAGGUGUUGUACAAGCUAUUAACAAAAAUCCAAUCGGCACCCCAUUUACUGAGGAUGACGAGAAGGUGCUGCAGAUGUAUCUACCAUUCUGUGGAAUAUCGAUUUCCAAUGCUAAGUUGUUUUCAGAGUCUCGCAAGGAGUAUGAAAGGAGCAGGGCUUUGCUGGAGGUGGUCAAUGACCUGUUUGAGGAACAGACCGACCUGGAAAAGAUUGUCAGGAAGAUCAUGCAGCGAGCGCUGACUCUGCUGCAGUGUGAACGUUGCUCUGUGCUUCUUCUGGAGGACAUUGACUCACCUGUUGUGAAGUUCUCAAAGACAUUUGAACUCAUGUCUCCUUUGUGCAAUGUGGACCGUGACAUCAGUGCCCACAUCAGCAUGGAGAAGUUAUCCUGUUCUGACUGGCUAAUCAAUAACAGUAUUGCUGAGCUGGUGGCUUCAACAGGACUGCCUGUUAACAUCAGUGAUGUGUGCCAGGACCCACGCUUUGAUGCUGAGGCAGAUCAAGCUUCAGGGUUUCAUAUCAGAUCAGUGUUAUGUGUUCCUAUCUGGAAUCGAACUCAUCAGAUAAUUGGGGUUGCACAAAUUCUGAACCGCCUGGACAGGAAGACCUUCGAUGAUGCAGAUCAGAGGCUAUUUGAGGCAUUUGUGAUAUUCUGUGGCCUUGGAAUCAACAACACAAUGAUGUACAAUCAAGUUAAGAAGACAUGGGCUAAACAGUCUGUAGCACUGGAUAUGUUGUCCUAUCACGCUACCUGCUCCAAGGUGGAAGUUGACAGACUGAAGGCUGCCAAGAUCCCCCUGAGCAGUGAGUUAGGCAUUGAUGAGUUUCAUUUCAACGACUUUUCAUUGGACAACGACGCCAUGAUCACGGCUUCUCUCAGGAUGUUUCUGGAACUUGGUGUUGUCCAAAAGUUUAAAAUUGACUAUGAGGUUUUGUGCCGCUGGCUUCUGACUGUCAGGAAGAACUAUCGAACUGUGGCAUACCAUAACUGGAGGCAUGCUUUCAAUGUGUCGCAGUGCAUUUUCGUUAUGAUCACGACAGCAAGUUUCCAGGAUGUCCUGUCAGAUGCAGAGAUAUUGGCACUGAUGGUUGGCUGUUUGUGCCAUGACUUAGACCACAGAGGCACCAACAAUGCAUUUCAAGCUAAGACAGGUUCUGCUCUGGCCCUGCUUUACGGGACAUCAGCCACCCUGGAGCAUCAUCACUUCAACCAUGCAGUCAUGAUCCUGCAAAGUGAGGGUCACAAUAUCUUUGCAAACCUAAGCUCUAAAGAGUACAGCAACAUGAUGCAACUAUUGAAGCAGGCUAUUCUCUCCACAGACCUUACUUUGCACUUUGAGCGCAGAACCAAGUUUUUUGAAUAUGUUCUGUCUGGAGAGUUCAGCUGGACUGAUGAAGGACACAGAGAAGUUCUCAGGUCUAUGUUGAUGACAGCAUGCGAUCUGGGUGCAGUCACUCGUCCCUGGAAGAUAUCCAAACAGGUUGCAGAGCUGGUUACAAGUGAAUUCUUCGAGCAAGGUGAUAGGGAGAGAUCAGAGCUUAAGUUAAUCCCAGCAGCAAUCUUUGACCGCAAUCGCAAAGAUGAACUACCUGCCUUACAGCUUGAAUGGAUUGAUGGGAUCUGUAAACCUCUUUACCAGGCACUGCUGAAACUCAACAGAAAGUUACAGCCAAUGAUGGAUGGCAUCGAUGCCAACCGAAAGAAAUGGCAGGAUCUCUGCUCAUCCUAUCAGCAGACACGCAGAGCUUCGGUGUCUAAUCAGAGUACAGAAUCAGGUCAUCAUCGUCAGCCACAAAGCUCAGAAGGACAAAAAAAAUCACCGCAGAGAAAGGAAAAAAGUGAAAGAAGAAUGGCACGAACUAAGAGAGAGAGCGGGAGUAAAGACCAGCACUGGAAGAAGGGGGAAUUAUUCUUUUUAGGUUCAAAGGCGAUCUAUUCCCUACCACUCCUAUCCAUUCACUUUGUGCCACAUUGACCCCAGGGGGAAUGGGAGUUACUUGUCACUGAUGCCAUUCACCCAUCAGUCACAGUGUUACAAGAUCCUACGGGCUUCGCUUUGUGGGGCGGAAUCUCCCAGCAGAGACCCACAUGUGAUGAAGUCAGCACCACUUCCACUGUGUGACUUUUCCCUCUCCCUCCGUUCAGCAGAUGAACAGAUUUAUUAUCUCUACAAAGGUUACAUGGAGUUUCUUUGAGUACUGCAAAGGGCCGAGCUCUGAAUAUUCCAAAUAAGCACAUACAGUAUGAAACCAAAGCUGGAAACUAUUUACUUUCUUGGAAAGAUGGUAGAGGUUCUUCAGAGUGUCAAUUUUGUGCUGCUUAAACUUUCAUCUUACCAGGUUCAGGUUUAUUCUUUAUUCAAACUGACGACGCACAGAGACGCAGCUGCUUCUCAAGCUCUUAUUUAUACUCAUACUUUUUCUUGGUUUUGUAUAUAUUGCUCUUGAUGAGCGUUAUUUUUGUUGGUCUUAACUGGGACUUGAGUGCAAAAUUUAGUUUCACCUCAUGGCAAUAAAAAUCCUUAGAUCCUUGUAUUCAUCAAGCACAAUCAAAGGCUGUUGGCUGCUUUUUUAAUUUUGAUGGCUUUUAUGUUAUAUUAUGGUGACAAUAAUGUCACAUGGAUGAACGUCUGCAUGACUGUGUAAACUAUAUUACACCUUUGCGAUUUUUGUUUCACUCCGUUUUCUGCAGGGGGUGUUACAGCUGAUCUGCAACAGAAAACCCCAAGCUACCUUUUACCUUAAAUAAUUAUAAUUCCUUCUCUCUGUGCUGGCAUUUAGAUGAGCUUUCUUGACCAGAUAGUAGUUUUAAUAAAAUACAUUUAUGCUAUAUUAAUCUCUUCUUGUCUGAUUGAAACCUGUAGUGUAAUGCAUACUCCUAGUGUAUGCAUUCCCAGUAACUCUGCAGACACAAAGACUGGUAAUGACUACACGGCUCUAGCCCUGGAGUGUCAGGUAUAGAAUAACACAGAGGAAAGUAUCUUGGGGCACCAUAAAUGUUCUGAAACAAGAGACAGAUUUCCGCAAGUAGAUCCAGGUGGUCUGUGGUUCCACGUCAUCUGUUACUCGUGAAAAGUUUCUUUUCUCUCUGCCACUGCUGCAUAAAUAUCGAGGACAUAAAGUGCACUGGAGCCU